AUGGCUGAUAUGUCUCUCUCGAAUAGUACCGCUGAUUCAAUUUUAAAAGGUGUAGCCGAAGUUGAAGGUACUUUUGUUGCUGUAUGUGCUCCUAGUCGAUCGUUUAGCCGGAUCCUCAUUGAAGUAAAAAAAAAUGAUUGUGAUGAAGAUGACUAUGUUACCGUACGUGCCAUAGCCAGACAAAUCGCAAUUAAGUGUGAACUGUCUUUGGAAAAGGUUUCUUAUUUACUGGAAGUACUCAAGGAGUUUAAGCUGGAUGUUCCUCAAGAUCCUAGAACGCUAUAA